CCGGUAUUCCAGAGUGCGUCAACAUUGAACUGAACUGUGAACAUCAACGUCAAUUGGUCUUCGAUCUUCUCUUUCCCUUCUGUCACUGAGGCUUUGGCCUUGGGUAAAUACUGUGGGUCCAUAUGUAGAGCUAUUAUCAAGGGCGCAAUGGAGUCGCAAGGGGACCUCUUUGACCGCUUGAGUGAAGAGCUGACAGUGAGCAUCUUCCAGAGACUGCUUUGGAGCCCAUCAUCCUAUGAGCCGAAGAAGGCCCACCAGAGGCUGCAGCUAGAGGCAGUGAGCAAGACGUUCAGAGCUCUGGUCUCUAAGACUGGAUGCCUGGAGUGGAAGAUAGGCUGCAUUGAAGAUGAGCGGAACUUCUUGCGCUACAUGUCUGGGGAUGUGAGCAGACGCUCGUUGACCAAGGUGGCUCUGUACUUGGACCGCCCGGUUGAUCUGACUGCCAUCCUUCAAUCCUUCAUCCCUCUCAGCCUAGACACUCUUGAAGAGAUUCAGCUGAUAUUUUGGGGGCUUGACGACGAGGACGAGCCCAUUGACUGCGAGUCAAUCUUCCACUCACUCCAAGAGUGCAAGCGGCUGGUGGCAUUUCGCAUCUUUCUGUGGGACUGUGAGCGUGAGGGUCCGGACUGCCUAAAGUUCUCAAUGCUACCCAAGCCCUUCGCAGCUCUCCAAACCCUGGUUGUGCCCGAACUCGCGGUGUCUGUGGAAACACUGAGCUCAAUCCUGCCGAGCUUCCCCGUUCUAGAGACACUCGAGCUUCACAGUGUACACGGCAAACAAGGUGAACUCCGCUCCAGCUCACUGAAAGAAGUCUUCUUAUGGCACGGCAGACAUUUGAAAGUGCCAUUGAAGGGCCCGAGAAGGGUUGGGGUGCCAAGGGACCUGGAAAAGGUGGUCGGUCUUUUGUACAGUGGGGAUGACGUAAAGGAGUUGACGGGAUCAUAUAUCCUGUUGAACUUGUUGGGUUCGUUGGCUGCUAAGGAGGACCCUCGGGCGCAGAUCCAGCAAGCUGUACUUCGGUUUCCUGGGUGCCUGCAGAAGGUGGUUACUUUCCUCAGCCGUCAGGAUGUGGCAUUUCGGAACAGAGCGUUGUGGAUACUCGAGCGCCUGGCACUGGUCAAUGGGCAUGAGGUCCCUAUAGCCACUGCUCCGGGGUGCAUACAGGGGCUGGCCCAUGCAUUGGCUGAUAGAGAGUUGGAGUCACUGAGUUCAGUCCCCUCCAUCAUAUCCUGUCUAGCAGAUGACAUCCAAGCCCGCACGCUGCUCCUCAAUGCCCCCGAAAUUCUCCAGGGCCUGGUCAGUCUCCUGGAUGAUGUGGACCCCGAAGUGCAACUAGCUGUGGGAGAUGCACUUGCAAAACUGACUUCUCAAUCUGAGGGCGCCGAGGCUCUCUCCUCGACGCCCCAGUCCCUAGAGAAGCUUGUGGGUUUGCUGGACAGCGGGAAUGCAAAGUUGCAAGGACAGGGGGCACACUGCCUGUGCUCUUUGGCAUACGCAAUGUCUGAGGACAAAGUAGAGAAUAUGCUGAGGGUGCCUGGUUGUGUAGAGAAGUUGGUGGGCCUUCUUUGGAGCGAGAGCCUUGAGACCCGGGAAAGAUCAGCACUGGCACUUGCGCGGUUGGCGGAGUGUGCUCUGUUUAGAGAGAUGAUGCCAGCGGUGCCCCAAUUAUUACAGAGGCUUCUUGACUUUCUGGAACCAAACGAGGGUGCAUCUUCACAACUUCUGCGGGAGGCAAGUGUUAGGAUUUUAGGGAACGUGGACUUAGAUGCCAAACAGAUGAAGCUGUACACCGGACGUCGAGCUCUUGUUAAUGCAAAUUAA